AUGAGCGCCAUCCAGAAUUAAUGCACCGAGUUUCUCCGUCAUUUUUGUUCCGAGAAACACAAUGGGUUUCGGUUUCAGGCUAAACGUCAAGUGGGGUUUGCCGAUUCAGCCUCAUUCCCCCUCCAAUUCACCUUUCAGGCUUUCUGCUUCUUACGGAACUGCGGUAAAAUCUCACGGGCUUUCGCACUUUCUGAAGUAUGCUCUCAGCUCGCUACAGAACUCUAGGAGGAUUUUAGACAUCAAGCAACAGGGGAGAUUGGGUUUCUUCAUUCUAAAAUAUAUUAUUGUUCUCUUUUCCUGUUUUAAUUGAGUACAAAAGAAGGGGAAAAAGGUUCACUCAUUCCCACCGUCUCUUGCUUGAAGUAGAAAGUGGGCUCUUUGGAGAAGUUUAGCUCGCCCACUUCCGUCAAUAUCUUUCUCGCUUUGAUAUUUGCACAUGGGAAGUAUUUUCCUUCCUUAAUCUUUUUCACUAGAGUUCUAGGCACAAUUUUCUUCAAUCCGAACACACUACUCAUGGGUUUGGAUUAUGCAUUUGCAUUUGAUUGGAAAAGUUUUGUGAUACACUUCUUAUUCUUGAUUGGGAAAUAAUACAGUUAGGGGCAAGGAGGCUUCUUUCAACUCAACAAGGCAGUCUUUAGUGUUGGUUAUUUCAGAUGAGAGUGAUAGAUUUUAUAAAGAUCCUCAGCAAUCAUCCACUUCUUCUCCUGCAGUUCCACAAUUCAAGGAGAAUAAUUUCUCAGAAUUGGAAGACAUGAAGGAAAACAUUAGGAAGAGGACAUUCAGCAGUCUACAUGACAUAAUUGAUGACGCCAAGGUGCCCGUUAAAGAGAACAAAUUUACUUCCUCCACAAGCUUACAAGCAUGCAAGGCAACUCAUUUUAAUUCUUUAAUGGAAAAUCUUCACAUUUUAGAGGAAACUUUUGUUGAUUCAGACGUGAUAAGGUUGGAAAAGGAUAUUCUGCUGCAAUUAGGAAGGCUUGGAGCUAUAAACUUAUUUUAUACUUGUCUAUCAAGGAGCCUUGAAAUCUCAAUUUUUUUGGAUUUGGUGGACAUACCUUCUCAGCAUAGAGAGCACAAGAUGAGAAGUGUCAAAGAUGAUCACAUAGGUAAAAAAGUUGUUCGCUCAGGGAAACUGAAAGAAAGAAAAUCAAGAAAAAGAACAUUGGUAAAUGCUAGUGAAAUUUCUCCUCUGUCAUUGCCCUCAAAAGUCAGUCAGAAAUAUUUUGGGAAGCCUACUGUUUCAUCUGUAAAAAAAGGAUCCAGGUCUAGAAUAAGAAGGCUUAAGAUUGCUAGAAACGAAGCCGAAAUGUCGAGGGGGGUUAAGGUGGUUGCAAACUUAGAGAGAAUCAGGAUAACUUUGGAAGAGGAAACUGGGCGAGUAGCUAGCUUGAGUUGUUGGGCAGAAGCAGCUGGACUUGAUGAAAAGGUGUUGCAGCAGCACUUGCAUUUUGGUUGGUGUUGUAGGGAUGAGCUUCUAAGGAGUACUCGCUCCUUAGUUCUAUAUCUUGCAAGAAACUACAGAGGUCUGGGAAUAGCUUUAGAAGACUUGCUUCAGGCUGGAAACUUGGGAGUCCUCCAAGGUGCUGAACGGUUUGACCAUACCAGGGGAUACCGAUUUUCAACCUAUGUUCAGUACUGGAUUAGGAAAUCAAUGUCAAGAAUGGUAGCACAGCAUUCUAGGGGAAUCCAAAUUCCAUAUACGUUGAGCAGCGCGAUAAAUCUAAUAGUAAAAGCUCGAAAAGACCUUACCAGAACCCAUGGGAAAUACCCAGAUGAUGAUGAUAUUUCGAAGUACACAGGUCUUUCUUUGGCUAAAAUCAGAUCGGCUGGAAAAUGUUUAAGAGUUGUUGGUUCAAUUGAUCAGAAGAUAGGGGAUCACAUCAAUCUACAAUACAGGGAAGUUAUGCCUGACAUGUCAAUAAGAAGUCCUGAAGAAACUGUCACGAGGCAGCACAUGAGGAAAGAAAUUCACGAUCUUCUAAAAAGCUUGGAUUCAAGAGAGAGGCAAGUUCUGUUCCUAAGGUAUGGACUCGAGGACUACCAGCCCAAGUCACUUGAGGAGACAGGGAGGCUUCUCCACGUCACCAAGGAGUGGAUACGUAAGAUUGAAAGGAAAGCUCUUUCAAACCUAAGAAAUGAAGAUAUUCUUAGAAGUUUAAGCCAUUAUUUGGAAAACUAGUUUCAGCUUGACUCGCGAAGCUCCAAAGUCGAUUGCUUUUGAUUGCAUGGGGGAGAUGAAUUGUCAUAAAAACCAGACAGAGAUGCAGUCCUAAGGAGAUCUGAAAAAAAACACGAGCUGCCCUGGGGAUUUCCGGAGUCCCAACCACGAUCGGGUUGAUGAUUACAUUUUUUUUUUUUAGCCAUUAUUACAUUCCUUUUUCAUUUCUUUUCUUUUUUUAUUUUUAAAAGGAAAUAAAAAUAGUAUUUACAAGUAUUUUUUUGACCCAUCGUACACAACUUAUGUGAAGGUUUUCCACAUCAAUCAACUUCUUAAAAAAAUAGGGUUAAAGGCAAAAUUGGCCAUUGGAUAUUCAUGUGUUUGCAAAAA